AUAAUAAUAAAAUUCCGACCUACCUACCCUAAUUUAUUUUAGCAUGUGUCCUUAUAUGCGUCUUACUUUCUACCCUCUACAGCUGGCACAAGAGACGAAGCCAACUGCUGUACGUAUGACAAUAGUAAUGACUGUCGAAUUAACCUCACAUCAGCUGAUAUUCCGACCGUCUACUCGGACUGCUCAGGGGCCGCCACAUGCUCUAAACAGGUCACGUGGCAGGGGACGUCUGCGGACUGUACCGUGAAUCAUAUGACUCAAACUAACUACAUGUGCAUGAAUUACUAUUGUUUUCCAACUUCUGAUGUAUUGGAGUUUUGCGAUACUUCCGGUGCUCAAGUUGCUACCUCACCAUCAUAUUUUUACAACGACGGCUACCCGUCAGGCAUUUCGCACUCCAACUGCUGCGCAUGCGUUAUUACUGCAUCCGCUGCGUCUGCAACUAUUGACCUUGACAUUCUAGACCUUCAGCUGUAUGAUGCGACAGCAACGUGUCUUCAAACUGUUUUUGUAACAGACAGUUUGACAGUUACAAGUUAUAACUGUACAGAAAACAACGACUAUACAAUCAAAAACUUUUUAACAUCAAGUGGGAGUUCCUUGACUGUCACCCUGAAGUCUGACGCCUCUGCAGUUGGUAAUGGAAAGGCGUGGUUUAGAGCUACUGUUUCAAACGGCGGCAUGACAACUUCGUGUAGUUCCGUAACACAGUGCCCGGACGAGACAGCCACCGCAACGUCAGCCAACGCCGGAAGCGGCGACGCAUCCAGUAACAGUGCAACGGAAGAGACAUGGUUGUUUGGUCUCUCAGUGACGUUAUCUGCAAUCGUGCUUGCAGCUUUGUUCCUGUUUAUACUGUUAACAUGUCUGAUAUGUUGUGCCAUCUGCUACAAGUGGGGAAAAUCUAAGUCAUUUGAUGUUACACAAGUUCGAUCAGAGUCGCGUCAGCACUUACAUACGGACAGACCAAAAGGUUCCCCGGAUUCGCUGCCGACUUACACUCAUUCAGUUGGAGGCAAAACCGUAAACACAAGAAUAUUGUCUGUAGGGACAUCUGAUCUCGAUUUUUAUAGUCACCGCCAUAGUGUUGGACCACCAAGUGAGAUUUCCACAAGAACUGGGAUGUUUUUGUAUAGACCUUUUGAAAAUCGGUAUCAUUUAAGAAGCUACUUCCGGCGGCCAAGCCUUGUGAGAGUUGAAAGUCCAUAGAAUGGAUGCAUUUCUUUUAUAAUAUAACAUUUUGCAGGCUCACGGUAUUGUUGUACGUAUGACCGACGAGGUUACAUUGACCUAUCAUAUCAAGGAUCAAGCGCUUUAAAUAUCAGUUCUGAGAUUGAUAAAGGGUUGAAAAGAGAGCACGUAUAAAAUGUCUCAAUAUGUAUAUUAUUGUGAAUUGAUGUAUUUGAAGAAAGUGACAGGUAAAUCACAUAUAGACAAACCUAUUGAUAGUGAAAGAUUCACGUCAUUUACUUUUCAACAUUUCAAGUCAAAGUUUAACUCGAAAUGGUUAAACUACUAAAAUAAUAAGUUCAUCUUUUCGGUGUUUUGUCAGGAAAAUAUUUAUUCUCAAGGGUUAUUGUAACAACAUCAUAAUCAAUAUUGUUUAAAACUGAUUGAAUAAAGAAAAACAAAAU